UUAGAAAUGCGCUUGACAAAAGGUUUUGUGUUUUCUGCAACACAAUACAAUUUCACAUUAUACCCUUUCUUUAUCAGUAUUAAAAACGCUUGAUCCGUAACCGAAAGUAAAAGGCCUCAUGAAGUAGAAUUUUUGUUAUUAACAAAAAAAAUGGUUAUUGGAACGAUUGAAAAACCAAGUGACGGAAGAAAAUUGAGAAAGAAGAAAGUGCUUUCAUUAAGACAACAACACGAACAUUGUCUUAAUGAAUGUUUGUUUUGCAAAUUGCAAAAUUCUAUGAAUUGCUCAAAUUGCUACCACAUCCACCGUAUUCUCAAACCCUCAGUAACUUUUUCUGUUCUCAGACCUCAAAAGAAUGCUCACUCAAGGACCUCAAGAGAAUUUUGGCGCUGAUGAAGAGGUAGUUGCCGAAACUGAAGCCUAUUUUGAGAAAUCCUACUAUAAAAUGUUUGUCUCCCCAAGAGCACGCCGUCAUUAUCGACAGAGAUUUCAGCAAGCGCCUCGUUACAUGCCUGGAUUACAACCGUUAUAUCCUGAUCAAACUACACAUUUAUGUCCCUGUGAAUCGAAGCAAUCGUACGUUACACCAUAUACAACUUUUAGUAUUGAGACCCAGGAAAACAUUGACGGAAGGCUAAUUUUGCCUCCACCAGGCAUUCAGCUACCUUUUGGGUUAGGCUAUUCUUCUGCUGCUAUUCCGGCCGUUGCUGAGGCUUAUAACGUAAGAAUGUUAGACAAUAAUAUAGAGGCUCAAGUUUCAGAGGCCUUGAUACCGGUUUCACCAGAAUUCGCUUGUAUAAAAAUUGCAACUCCUUUUUGUAGCGACCAGGGAUAUCCUGUGAGAUCAAUUGUUUUAUAAGAAAAAUACAUUUAUAAAAUAUAUUUUAUUCCAGAU